AUGAUUGGGAGAAAAGGCAUGGGGCGUGCAUCACCAGUACUUUUGGUGCUUUUGGCACUUGGGUUUUUCUUUGCAUCUUAUAAUUUGUUAACUGUGGUAAUACACAACAAGGCUUCAUACUCGGGGCUUUGGGGGGCAGAUUGGUUGAUAGAGCCCAUGAUUCAGAGGCAUGAGAACGCAAAGAAUUUGAAAUAUCAUGUUGCUCUUACAGCAACUGAUGCUCCCUAUAGCCAAUGGCAGUGUCGGAUUAUGUAUUACUGGUACAAGAAGGUAAAAGAUAUGCCUGGAUCAGAUAUGGGAAAGUUCACACGAGUUUUGCAUUCUGGAAAUGCUGACAAUUUGAUGGAGGAGAUUCCAACAGUUGUGGUUGAUCCUCUUCCAGGGGGCUUGGAUCGGGGCUAUAUUGUCCUAAAUAGACCAUGGGCUUUUGUGCAAUGGCUAGAGAAAGCAACAAUCGAGGAAGAAUACAUUCUAAUGGCCGAACCUGACCACAUAUUUGUAAAUCCCUUGCCAAACUUGGCACAUGGAAACAGUCCAGCAGGGUAUCCAUUUUUCUACAUUAAACCAGCUGAAAAUGAGAAAAUAAUUAGGAAAUUUUAUCCUGAGGAAAAAGGUCCUGUGACUGAUAUUGAUCCAAUUGGCAAUUCUCCUGUAAUCAUAAAGAAGUCCUUGCUGGAGGAAAUUGCUCCCACAUGGGUGAAUGUUUCUUUGAGAAUGAAAGAUGACCCAGAGACUGAUAAGGCCUUUGGAUGGGUGCUUGAGAUGUAUGCAUAUGCUGUAGCAUCUGCAUUGCAUGGAGUGCAGCAUAUUCUUCGUAAAGACUUCAUGCUGCAGCCUCCAUGGGAUUUGGAAGUUGGAAAGACGUUCAUCAUUCAUUAUACUUACGGAUGCGACUAUAAUUUAAAGGGAGAACUGACUUAUGGCAAGAUUGGAGAAUGGCGUUUUGACAAGAGAUCAUAUCUUAGUGGUCCUCCACCAAGAAACCUCUCCUUGCCCCCUCCAGGAGUUCCUGAAAGUGUGAUAAGGCUCGUGAAGAUGGUUAAUGAGGCUACAGCAAACAUUCCUGGGUGGAACACAUUAACUAGUGGCUGA